GACGUGCCUCUCUUCUUCCUCUUCUUCGCGGCGGUGGGUCGGAGCCGCUGUGUCCCCGGUCUGGCACGUUCCUAGCCAAAUUCUCCACGGUGUAAAAUUUGAUCCCCCCGUUUUUUCACAAAACCAAAAAUAUCCCCCCUUCAAUUCCCUGCAACCGCCUGCACGUUUCCGCUCAACAUACACCUCAAAAUCUCCACCAGACACAUCUGAAGAUGGCGGUGGUAAGCGGGAUUUCGGGGUCGGCUGUAGCCCGGCUGGAGGGCCGAGAAUUCGAGUAUCUGAUGAAGAAAAGGUCGGUGACCAUCGGCCGGAACUCUUCGCAGGGUUCGGUGGAUGUCAGCAUGGGGCACUCCAGCUUCAUCUCCCGGCGGCACCUCGAAAUAUUCACCGCGGGGGAGGACGGCACCGGCACGGGGGAAUUCUACCUCCGAUGCCUCGGGAAAAACGGGGUGUUUGUUGAUGGGGUGUUCCAGAGAAGAGGGGCGCCACCUCUCCAGCUCCCACGAAUGUGCUGUUUCCGGUUCCCCAGCACAAGUAUAAAGAUCACGUUCACAGCCCUGUCCAAUGACAAGAAGGAGGCAAGGAACGUGCCGGAAUCACCGGUCAAGCCCGUCCAACCCCAAAUUUCCCCUCUGACCAUCAACAUUCCUGACAACAUUGCCCACCUCAUGAGCCCGCUGCCUUCACCCACUGGCACCAUCAGUGCGGCAAACUCCUGUCCGUCAAGUCCUCGGGGGGCAGGACUCUCCAGCUACAGGACAGGCCGUGUCCUGGCCUCUGACCUCAUAGGAGACAACUCCCAAUCAGAAAACGACAAAGAGGCCUCAGGUGAAGACAGCCCAAAGGAUGACUCCAAACCUCCAUACUCAUAUGCACAACUAAUAGUCCAAGCGAUCACCAUGGCCCCGGACAAACAGCUAACGCUGAAUGGAAUAUACACCCACAUUACCAAGAACUACCCCUACUACAGAACGGCUGACAAAGGCUGGCAGAACUCCAUCCGCCACAACUUAUCCCUGAACCGGUACUUCAUCAAAGUGGCCCGCUCUCAGGAGGAGCCGGGCAAGGGCUCCUUCUGGCGGAUCGACCCCUCCUCUGAGGGCAAGCUGAUGGAACAGGCCUUCAGGAAGCGCCGGCCUAGGGGAGUACCCUGCUUCAGGACCCCUGCAGGCCCUCUCUCCUCCAGGAGUGCUCCGGUUUCUCCCAGCCACACGGGGGCCCUGUCUGCCCACUCAAGCGGGGUCCAGACACCAGACAGCCUGUCUAGAGAGGGGUCCCCUGUCCCCAUGGAGCCAGAGCCAACCCCACCGCCAGCCCCCACCCAAACCGCUACAGUCCAGCCCAAGCUCGCCGUCAUCCAAGAAGCCCGCUUUGCACAGAGCUCCCCUGGCUCCCUCCUCAACAACCAGCCGGUCUUGAUCGCCGUGCAGCGCCAGAUGCCUCAAACGACCAUGAAGCCUGUGACCUACGCCAUGGCGUCGCCAGCCAUCGUAACCACGUCGGUUAACUCCGCCCCCGUCAUGCAGACGGUGCACGUUGUCCACCAGAUGCCGUCCGUUGCCGUGGCAACUGUCGGUAGGCAGCCCGUUGCCAUGGUGAGCCCCGAACCUCAGGAGAACGGUGGCGGGGAGCACCGAGCGGUCAAACUGGAGUCGAUCCCAUCCAUCGCAGCCUCGUCGAUGGGCAGAGUCAGCCGCAUCAUCCAGAGCUCUCAGGCUGUGCCUCUAACUACGCUGACUAUCUUGCAGCAAGCCCCGCUCGGUCAGCACCAGCUCCCAAUAAAGACCAUCACACAAAACGGGACCCAUCUGAUCCCCAUCACUACUGCUGCUAGCACAGCCGUUGCAAACCCUCUUCACCUCCUGGCGACCCACGCCUCAGCCUCGGCGUCCCUCCCUACCAAGAGGCAGAACGGAGAACUGCAAGACCAACCCCAAUCAAAGAGGGUGAAAACGGAGGAGGAAGAGGAGGGUGGAGCAGCAGCUGUGGCCGCCAACAACAACAACAAUAACAACAACAACAACAACAACACCUGCAAAAACGGCACCACGGACAGAGCCGGAGAAGCGGGGGUCAGUGAACAGAUCGGUGACAAGUAGCCUCCCCCCCCCCACACACACACAAACAUGCACACACGCCGGUCUGCGUCCUGACCCCUUGCUCUCCUGUACGCAUUGAGCCUCACACCUCCCACACUCUCACCCCUCCAUCAUCUACUCCAAGGUGCCAAAAAAACCCACAAAAAACAGACUCAGAAACACCCGCGGGACUACAGAAUGUUCAAAAACCCCUCCUCACCCCCCAGCUCACCCACAAUCCUCUUCCAUAUAUUUAAAACCAUGAAAUACAGUACGAUGCAAAAACUAAAGACCAAAUUUGAAAAUCAAAGAGUUGCUGAUGAAGCGUAAGACCCAGAUGGAAAGAAGAAGCACAGGGAGAAAUGUUCACAAAUCUGAGAUUUCCAGAUCUAAAAAAAAAAAGAGAGAAAAAUACUUUUAUUGGACAAGCGAAGAGUCCUGAAACUUCCCCCAAAGACGGAAAAGGAGCCUCAUCCUGGUAGCAUUACAAACGAGCGCUUUACUGUAUGUCGGAUAGAGAAAAGCAACCCAGCGGAAUCACCAGUAGUGUAUUCCGCCAUAAGGGAAGCGUGUGUAACGUGCGUGUGGACAUUCCCGUCUCCGGCAGCUAGCCUCCAUGUCCACCUACCUAAACCCAGUCGUGAGUAGAUAUGCAGUAUUCCAUUGUACAAGUGUAUCUUUGGAUCUUUUUUGAGUGUUUCUCCGUUUUCCAUGGAUCGGAUACUAUAUCUAGUAAUAAUUUAACUAAAAGCUAAAAGUGGGGUCUUUAAGAACAUUCAAACAUCACAACAUGAUAUUUUGGGAAUCCUUUUUUUUAAAAUAAAUAUAUAUAUGGACUCUUUGUUCAGUGAAAUGAAUGUAGUAAAGAAAACACUAUCUGUGGAUAGUGGAUGUUCCUUUCUUUUUUUCCUGCUGAUUCAUGCAAAUGAAAUUGCUUUAUCACUGUACAUCUACAGAUUUUUUUUAUUUUCAGAUUUUACAAAUAUCCUAUGAGAAAGUAUAUUCCCAUGCGUAUUCGACCAUAUGCUUCAUCGAGCUUGCAUGUUACGGAUCUAGAGACAAUGUACUUGAGCAGAUUAUCUGAAUAUGGAACUGAAGAAAACUUCGACUGAAUCUACACUAUAUGAUUCUGACCAGUGCUGCACUUAACCCUCUUGGUAGUUUUGUUUUUUUUGUACUCUCAUUUUGCUGUUUCCCCCCACCCCCGUCACCGUGGGCUGUGUUUGUUACCUUUUGUGUUAAAGUUGGCAACUCUUUGCUUGAUUAUUUUAUUCUGUAAAGGCUACCAAACAAGCCUAUUCAGAAUGUAUUCUAUGUUACACGAGGAAAAACAAGUGAUAGGUGUUCAUUCUGCUUCAGUGGGUAAAUGCUUCUUUUUUCUUUUCUUUUCUUUUUAAUUAUAUAUAAAUUUAUUUAAAACGCAUAUCCUUUUUAGUUUGUAUUUCUUUGAGUAAAAGCCUUUUUCUGCUGGGCAACUGCA